AGCCUCGGCGCCUCCGGGCCCGCGCUGCUGCGGGGCGGGGGCGGCCCCGGCGGCCCCUCCGCCGGCUCCCUGCGGGCGGGGGAAGUCCACAGGCUGCUUACCUACGUCUUCAGCUACGACGACCUGAUGGCCCUGUCCUGCGGGGCCGUUCUCGUCUGGUACUUUGCUGGCAGCUUCGAGAAGAACGUGGGCACGGCCAAGCACUGCUUCCUCACCGUCUUGUUCGCCGUCCUCUCCGCCCUCCUGCACCUCCUGCUUGAGGCUGUCGUCUCGAGGGUGGCGGAGGUGGAAGAGCCCAAGGGGUUCACGCCGGUGGCUUUUGCCAUGUUGGGCGUGUCGACCACCCGCUCGCGGAUGAAGAGAACCCCGUUUUUUGGGGUUAGGGUUCCGGUAGUGCUGGUGCCGUGGUUUCUGCUCUGCCUAGCGUGGUUUAUCCCCCGCUCCUCCCUCCUCGGUAACAUCUGUGGGCUUCUGGUUGGGGAAGCCUACGGGCUCGGCUACUGCUUCUGCCUGGAUAUUCCCGAGUCGGUGAGCUCUGCGCUGGAUCGGCUGUUCCCCUUCAGCCUGUUAAAGAGAGUGCCAGGCCUGAAAUACAUCCCGGGGUCCUCGGCAGAGAGGAGAGCCUCCGAGAGCAUCAAGCUCACCCCUCCGCCGGGCGCCUACCCCACGCAAAGCUACUGCGGCUCCUCGCCUCCGGCUCUUCCCGCUUUCCCCCCGCAGCACCCUGCUGCUCAGAGCCAGGGCUUCCAGCACAGCUGCACGCCAGGACACGGCCCUGCGGGGGGACACGAGGGGACUCGACCCGGCUCUGCGGCAGCAUACGGCCUCCCUUCCUCCCCCUCCCAAGCCAGAGGUGCCUUCGGGGACUUUUACACCCAAGCCAACGCCGGAGCCUCGCCGGGACAGUGCUGCCAGCCAGGCAAGUUCCCCGUCCCGCAGCACGUGUGCCCGCCCGGACCGCAGGCACCCCCGGGCCUGGAGCCCCCGGCUGGGGUUCCGCAAGCCCUGGGGCAUCCGGCAGCCACAGCACCGCCCGUCCCGGGUGAAUUUUCCAGGAUCCAGGUGUACUGAUGCUCCCGAAGGCAGCGGGGCUCCUCUGGCACGGGAGGACCGGGCGUGGUGCUCGUGCGGCAGCACGUUGCUGUGGCUGUGUGACCAGCAGAAUGGGUUAUUUUAAUUGUGUUUCCUUCGGAA